AUGUCGGGUCCCGGUGUUGGCUUCGAAUAUCCUCGAACAGACGUGUCGUGGUUGAAGAGAGAUGUCCUGCUCUUCGCCGUGAGCAUUGGCUGCACGGUCGAUGAGCUGCACUUCAUCUACGAACUCCAUCCCAAGUUUGCCGUGUUUCCCACGUACUCCAUCAUCCUCCCAUUCAAGAAAACCACGCAAGAAGUCAUCGACUUCUAUGCUUCUCAAGCCAGCAACCCAAUUCCCGGCGUCCCAAAACUGGACGCAAGGCGUGUCGUCGACGGCCAGCGCCUCAUCCAGUUCCUUAAGCCUCUGCCUCCCACAUCCGAGGGCCGAAAAUUCGAGCUGCGGUCCAAAGUUAUUGGAGUUUACGACAAAGGCAAGCCGGGCACAGUGGUCGAGACCGAGCAGACCAUUGUGGACAAAGAGAGCGGCGAGGUGUAUACUCGGGCGGUCGGCUCUGGCUUCUUUGUCGGCCAGGGAGGAUGGGGCGGCCCUAAAGGCCCUUCGACGGUCAACUAUCCACCACCAAAGGGCCGAGAGAACAGCCCCGAUGUGGUCAGCGAGAAACAGCUGACCCUGGAGAGCGCGCAUCUGUACAGACUCAAUGGCGACUAUAACCCACUGCACGCUACACCCGAACCCGGUCAGAAGAUGGGCUUCGGUGGCGCCAUCAUGCACGGCCUGUCGACCUGGAACUUUGCGGCGCACGCACUCUUGAAAGAACUGGGCGGAAGCGAUCCAGCCAACAUCAAGGAGUUCCAAGCUCGCUUCGCCGCGCCGGUGAAGCCCGGUCAGAAGCUUGUGACCAAGAUCUGGAGGACUGGCGACAUCAAGGACGGGUGGGAAGAGGUCCGAUUUGUCACUGAAGUCGAUGGCAAGGUGGUUUUGAGCAACGGCCGGGCGUUGAUGAAGUGCGUGGGGGGAAAGAGCAAGCUGUGA